AUGAAGGUGGGAGUCCCUGCUAGUGCCUCGAGCUCUUCUAAGAGGCAGAGAUGUCAUAUCCUGCAUAAAUUUUCCUACAGCUCCAUAGCUCCGCAGGUCAACCAACAGCUUCACAGAGAAUUCAGCGGCAUGGGCAUCCAUAGCUUUGAAAUCAUAGUGGGAAUAGACUUUGGCACAACGCACUCAGGGGUCUCAUGGGCCGCCAAUGGCGCCUCUAAAACGAUUCGUUUAAUCAACACAUGGCCUGACCCCCAGGCACAAAAUGCAUCAAAAGAAAAAGUGCCAUCAUCCAUAAGCUACCAGAAUGGAGUACCUAAGAAUUGGGGCUAUGUUGUUGGAUUGAAUGACGAAUCUUUCCGCUGGGUCAAGAUCCUACUGGAGGAAAAUCACAAAUAUGCAACGACUGUCGCGCCAGUCAAUACACUUCUACGUAAGGUCGAAAAGACGGCUCAAGAUGUCGUAUCGGAUUAUCUCAAGCUCAUUUGGGAUUAUACAAUUGAUGACAUUAAGAAGUUUCAUCCCGAAGACACCUUUGAUCUUCGUGUGAUUCUCACCGUGCCUGCAAUAUGGAGUGCUGCAGCCAAAGACAAAACAUUGCGAGCCGCCAAAAGUGCCGGCAUACCCGGUCGCAUCAAAUUAGUCACGGAACCAGAGGCCGCUGCAUUAGCGACACUAAAGGAGAAAGCCGACGAGAACCAACUUAAGGUUGGCGAUGCAUUCGUUGUUUGCGACGCUGGAGGUGGCACAGUGGUAGGUCCAAAACUCCGACCUGGCUUAGACUACCUUCGACGAGGUGGGCUUUGCGGAUCGGCAUUCCUAGAUGUUGCGUUCAUCAAACAUAUCGAGACCUUGGUCGGAGCAACGCAAUACCAAGACAUCAAGGAAAGCAACCGGAAAAGGAUGAUGAAAGAUUUUGAAUUCGGUAUCAAGCGAUGUUUCAGCGGCAAGAAUGAUCCGGACUUCUCUGUUGAGCUCAUAGGAGUGAAAGAUGAUCCCGGGAGUGGCAUCGUCGAUGACACGAUCGUCAUCAAACCGCUAUCCUCCUUGUAG